AUGGCUGCGCGUCCUCUCAGGAUCGGCUUCGUGCCGGAACACUUUUCAACGCCGAUUCACUUUGCCAAGAAGCACUACAGCCUGGACGCCGAGCUUAUCCCCUUCCCGUCCGGCACCGGCCACAUGAUCACGGCCAUCCGGGACAGGGAGAUCGACAUUGGCAUUGGCUUGACCGAGGGCUGGGUGGCUGGUCUGGGAAAGACGCAGCAGGCCGGCGAGGGCGACGGCGGGUACACCUUUGUGGGCACCUACGUCGAGACGCCGCUAUGCUGGGCCAUCUCGACCGGAGCCAACCGGAGUGACAUCCAGUCGGCUGAUUCGCUCAAGGGGGCCAAGAUUGGUGUCUCGCGCGUCGGAUCUGGCAGCUAUGUAAUGGGCUUUGUCCUGGCCGACCAGCGUGGUUGGCUGACCAGUGGAGAGCAGAGCUCCCCCUUCUCAGACAUUGUGGUUCUCAAUACGUUUGAAAACCUGCGCAAGGCCGUCAACUCAGGUGAGGCUGACUUCUUCAUGUGGGAGACAUUUACGUCAAAGCGGUACUACGACCUGGGCGAGAUCCGCAAGGUCGGCGAGAUCUACACGCCCUGGAGCAGCUGGAAGAUUGUUGCUUCUACUUUACUAGUUCAGGGCGGCGACGUUGACCCGCGCGUGGAGGACCUGCUGGAGAAGCUCAACCUCGGCAUCAAGCACUUCAACGAGAAUCAGGAGGAGGCAGUCGAGUAUAUCAGCACACAUCUGGAUUACACAGCUGAGGACGCCCGCGAGUGGCUCAAGACGGUUAAGUUCCCUAAGUGGACGCAGGGUGUCGACCCUAAGGUCAUUGCUAGCACCGUCGAGAUUCUUUGCAAGGCAGGCGUGUUGUCAGCGAGCAAGGGGGUUGACUCGAAUGCUAUGAUCACCAAGCAACGGUAA